UCACUCGUAUUGUAGCGCUGAUGAAGUGCGUACAAUUUUUUGUCAGUUGUGUGGGCAUUGGCAAGUGUUAACUGUGUAGAAUUGAUCUGUUAAAAAAGAAAUAAAGUUUAUUUCCAACUAUGGGUGGAUACGCCUGGGUUACAUUGGCCACAAAUGAUGCUUAUUCAUUAGGAGCUUUAGUUUUAGCACAUUCUUUAUAUCGAGCUGGUACCAAACAUGAACUGGCUGUUUUAGUUACUCCUGGAGUAACAGAAACAAUGAGGGAAAAAUUGUCAGCAGUUUUUUCUGUAGUAAUGGAAGUAAAUGUACUCGAUUCAAAAGAUGAAGCUAAUUUGGCACUUUUAGCUAGACCAGAGUUGGGAAUUACAUUCACUAAAUUGCAUUGUUGGAGAUUAACUCAAUAUGAGAAAUGUGUUUUUCUUGAUGCAGAUACUCUUGUUGUUAGAAAUUGUGAUGAAUUAUUUGAGAGGGAAGAACUGUCUGCAGCCCCUGAUGUGGGUUGGCCUGAUUGUUUCAAUUCUGGUGUAUUUGUAUACAAACCAUCCCAACAAACUUUUGCUUCUAUUACUGCCUUUGCUGCUGCUAAAGGUUCAUUCGAUGGUGGUGACCAAGGUUUACUGAACUUGUACUUUAGUGAUUGGGCACAUAAAGACAUUUCUAAACAUCUACCAUUUAUCUAUAAUAUGUGUUCUACUGCUGUAUAUUCCUAUCUUCCUGCUUUCAAACAAUUUGGAGAUGAUGUUAGAAUAAUACAUUUUAUUGGUAUUACAAAACCAUGGUUACAGUAUUUUGAUACAUUAACUGGUAUUGUUCAACCACCAGUGGAUUCUGUACAUUUGCAGCCAUUGUUACAGUUAUGGUGGAAUAUCUUUUGUGAAAAAGUGCAUCCUCAACUAUCAUCUGUCAUGGCCACCGGCACAUUGGCACCAAUUUGGCACGAAUUUUCUCCUUUAUCAUUUGAUCCCUUUAUUCCAAGACGUCCUGUUUAUGCAAAUAUUGUACAAGACAAAACACAGAACGAUAUCCAUUUAGGACCAGCAGAUUUUUCAGAAUUUAAAGACCCAUGGGAAGACUAUUGUAUGCAAGACUAUAAGACUGACCAAUAUUAUUCCAUAGUUGACAGAUCUUCACCUAUAUCUAUGUUAAAUGAUCAAUUUAAUUAUUUAAAUACCGUUCACCAAAAUUAUGAAUCACCACCUGAACAUAAUAGAGAACUGUACCAUACUCAACAGUACAAUGAAUGUAAUUCUCCUACACAUACUCAACAUUAUCAUAAUCAAGAACAAUUUAAUGAACUUAGUAAUAAAAAUGACCAACAUUCUUUAUUUCUCUCUAAAGAUAUCUCAAAAGUUCAAUCAGAUCAUUGGCAAAAUCUACACAGUAUUGAAAAUUAUGUACCUACACAUAGUUCUCCAAGCUAUCAUUCCAGAGAAUCUCAACAUCAAUACAAUGAUUAUCAAUAUAAUUCUCAAAGUUUGUUUGAAAGUAGUAACAAAUCAGUAUCAAAAGAAACAAGUAAACAACAUAAUGAAUCUUAUGUUGACCAUCAAUGUAGUAAUCAUGAUAGCGUAAAUAAUAAACAAACUACACAUCAUGAACAAAAGAAUCAAAAUUUUUAUUCUAAGGAACAAAUUAAUUUCGAAUUUACAAAACGGGAAUCCUUAACUGAUCAAACUGCAAGAAAUAAUCUUUCAAUUGAACAAAACAAAAUUCUAAACAUUAUAGACAAACAGACUAUUACACAGAUAUCUACUAGUCCUCAUCCUGUUUCCAAACCUUGUACAGAUUUCCAUAAUGUAGCAUCGCAAUCUGACUCACACAUAAUGGAAGAUGUAAACAAUUCAAAUGCUGGUCUUGCUGGUGCAUUAGCUCAGAUGACAUUAGGUGAACCCAGAAGCGCUCAACAAAUUGCAUUAGAAGAACAUAUGCGAAAACAAAGUUGGGAACAAGGACAGAUAGACUACAUGGGCCGUGAUAGUUUUGAUAAUAUUUGGAAGAAAAUCUGUCAAACACUUGCUCUUGCACCUCCGCGGUUACCGUCUCCUCCAAAGGAAACGCAAAAACCUGCAGAAACCACGACUGAUAAGACUGCUGAAUCUAUUAAGCCUACCGAAUCUAUUGAACCUAUUGAAUCUACUGAUGAAAUGGAUGCAAAAGCUGCUCAGGCAACAACCACUCAUACGGACGAACAAUCUCUAGUUAACAAUGUUCCUAUAACAGACAGUAAAAGUAUGAUACCUAAAUUAUCAGAGAAGGAUGAACAAGUUAUUAAUACUGUAUCUUCUGCAUCAAAAAAUAGGGAAGAAUUAUCAGAAGAGACAGAUCAUUUUUCUCAGAAACCUUUAAUAGAAUCAGAAAAAUCAAUUGGUAUGGUAGUGGAUUCUCCUCCUAUGCAACUUUUAACACAAACAUCUCAAGAAGAAUUUGUGAAACUUGAUACAAGUUCACUACCGAAACAAGCCCUACAGCUGACAACUGUAUCUACAGUACCAUCUAAUGUAACUCAAACUUGUUCAAUUAAAGAACAGAAAUUAAUUACCCCAACAGAAGCUGUUAUAAGUAACAUCUCAAAACAAUCAGAUAUUAAAGAUGAUACGCAUGCAAAAGAAUUAUCAACUGCUUCUGGAAUUCUAACAAUUAGUCCUGUACCAAUACAAGUUGCAGAAUCUGUUCUUCAAGUAGAAUCAAAAGAAUCUAUGCCAGGUUCUCAAAAAAUGACAUCAGAAAUUCUUUUUACUACAGUACCAUCUGUCCAUCAAAUAGAAAAUAAAACACAUAUAAUUAGUUCAGGUUCUUCAAAUAAGCUUAUGCAAAAUAAGGUCACAUUAAGUUUGAAUAACACUGCAACAAAAAAUAUUGAUACUGCCACUAAAUCAAACGAAUCAUCAAUAAAAUCAGAAGGAACCUCACAAAUUCUACCACAAAUAGAACAAAUACAACAAUCAACUCCUGCUGUUACAACACCUUCAACAAAAGAAACUGAAAGUUGCACUAAAGAAAUAGUGGAAUCAGUUAAAUCUCCAUCUGAAUUUGAAACAACUAAAACAGCUCUACCACACGAAAGUCCAGUUAGGCCUUCAAGAACAAAGGAAUUAAACGUUCCUUCAACAAGUGCAAAAACUACAGUACAAGAUUCAAAAGGUCAAGAGAAGGUAACAAAAAAGGUUGUAAAAAGAUCUGCAGAAAAAUCAGCAUCUGAAAGAGAACCUACAGAACUAACUGAAGGUGAUACUGCUGAAAAAAAAGUUGUAAAAAAGGCAGUAAAAAAGGUUACAAAAAAAGCAAAACCAAAAUCAGAGGAAGCACUGGAUGAUAGCGCAGAAAAUAGCAGUUCUAAUAAGCAGAAAAAGACUGUAAAAGUUGUUAAAAAAGGUACAAAAACUUCGCAAACUCCUGGUAUUGAUACAGUUGUUCCUGAAACUUCAUCAUCCAGUACUUCUAAUACUCCAAUUCCACCUAAAAGAAAAGCAAAGCCAGUUACUAAAAAAUCUGAUGUAGAAUAAUAAUUACUUUAUAUGAACUGACAAUAAUUAUCAAAAUAUUUUUAAUGAAAUUUGAGUAUUAGAAGUUAUAUCAAAUAAUAAAAGGUGAUACUUACUAGUCUCUUUCAAUAUUUUUUAUACUUUUAAUACAUUUCGAAUUGUAUCACCCAUACUUUUGACAGUUUUGAAUGCUUUGAAAAUUAUUGCACAACAUAUUCCAAUGUUAUGUUCUGCUUCAUAAUUUAUACAUAUUUUACUACAUGUCUUUUAUGUGUCAAUGCUAAAUAAAGCUCUUUCAUAUUUUU